CGCCGCGUCGCCGGUACCUGCGCCGCCGGCUUCCUCCUGCUCGCCCUCUGUCCUCUCCCGGCCGCAACCCGGGGGACCCGGAGCGAGAAGCGGGGACCAUGUUCCGACGCAAGCUCACGGCCCUCGAUUACCACAACCCCGCGGGCUUCAAUUGCAAAGAUGAGACAGAAUUUAGAAAUUUUAUUGUUUGGCUUGAAGACCAGAAGAUCAGACAUUACAAGAUUGAAGACAGAGGUAAUUUAAGAAACAUCCACAGCAGUGAGUGGCCCAAGUUCUUUGAAAAGUAUCUCAGAGAUGUUAACUGUCCUUUCAAGAUUCAAGAUCGACAAGAAGCAAUUGACUGGCUUCUUGGCUUAGCAGUUAGACUUGAAUAUGGAGAUAAUGCUGAAAAAUACAAAGAUUUAUCUCCUGAUAAUACAAGAAACUCUGACAAUACAGCUAAAAAUGCAGAACCACUGAUCAAUUUGGAUGUAACUAACCCUGACUUUAAGGCUGGUGUCAUGGCUUUGGCCAAUCUUCUUCAGAUUCAGCGUCAUGAUGAUUACCUGGUGAUGCUUAAGGCAAUUCGCAUUUUGGUCCAGGAGCGCCUGACACAGGAUGCAGUUGCUAAAGCAAAUCAAACAAAAGAGGGCCUGCCUGUUGCUUUAGACAAGCAUAUUCUAGGUUUUGACACAGGAGAUGCAGUUCUUAAUGAAGCUGCUCAAAUUCUGCGAUUGCUGCAUAUAGAAGAGCUCAGAGAGCUACAGACAAAAAUUAACGAAGCCAUAGUAGCUGUUCAGGCAAUUAUUGCCGAUCCAAAGACAGACCACAGACUGGGCAAAGUUGGAAGAUGAACAUUUAUAGGAUUUUAGUUUCUCCCCUCCUUAGUACCAUUGGAACCAUGUACACUCUGGCAUGUGUUUGGAAAUCAAAUGUCAAAUUUUUGAGGUUGGAAGCCCAGAAAAUUGACUAUGUUCUAGAGAUUUACCAUCAUUGCAUUUUCUUUAAUAAAGUUGGGAAAAGUGGA